UCGUCGGACCGCGCGUACGUAAAACGGGGGAGGUUUUUGUCGAGCGUGGAUAUUCGCGCGCUGUUUUUGUAAGCCGGUCGAGAAAACUCGUCUAAAACUCGUGACUUAGUGUGCCGAAAGAAAGCUCGAUGUUUUUUCGCGAGUGGAUGCGGAGAGUUUCAAGAGUCCACAACACGUCACGGAAUACUUCGGAUUGUUCGACGAUCGAAUCAGCCGGCUAUCACAAUCUCGGAAUUCUUCGGACAACGAUGGUAAUCGAUGGAGGUGAAACUUAACGAGACUUCGUCGUACGAACUGUCUUAGUGAAGGAGGACUUUAAGACUUAAAAAAAUUAUCUGCUGUCAUGUGUCGGGUUGUCUGAGUUUUGUGAUCUUUCAAAAGAAAAUUUUAAUCAGUUGACAUAUGUUGCCGAUUUCAGUGACAAUUAUAGAAGAAUCGUGUUUUCGAAUUUGCUCUUUUUAAGAAUGCAGACGCUGAUGACGAUAAUGUGAUUAAGAUAAUAUAAUUUUUACAGUCGUGACAGUGAAAAACGAAUGAGCGGUGUUAAAAUCGAGAAGAACGAUAAAGCUCACAAUCGCUUGAAUAUAUAGAAAAAAUCGAAAUGACUAUAUGAAGAAAAUACGGAGAUGGAAGAACACGUCGGAGAUUAAAGGAGACACGUCGGAACGUCGUUGAAAGUGACGUUCUUGAACCGGCUCGAACUGAUAAAGAAAUAUCUCGUCCUAUCAGCGCGAGAAUCGUCGAUGGCAAUCAUGCUGUGCGGCAAAACGAGUCUCGUGAGACGCUUUGACACCUUUUACGUCGCAUAGACGAACGUGUGUCCUGAUCGCCGGUACGUCUGUUCUGAAGAUAGUCACCUUGCUGAGGGCAGCACCAUCUAUAAUUAUGUAUAUGGAAGCGUUACGGCAUAAAAUGCGUUUCAUCUCGCAUUUACAUCUUGUACACCGCGGCGUAAUAAAUUCGAAACUUGAAUCCACGAUUUUCGCGGACUGUAAAGAAUCUGCAGGUUGACUUUCGUUAGGUUGUGCACGUAGUUAUAGAAGAUAAAUACGGGUUUCCGAAAUUCAUCGAUUUUUUGGAGUUGAUGCCGAAAGGAAUCUGCAGCAGGUGCAACAAGUUGCAGUAGCCUAUCUGAUACAGCUGAUGACGUAUGUAGCUAGAAUACAACGGGUCGUGUCUGUGCAGAAGAUGAUGGUUAUCUAAGUAUCUUGCCGGAUGUGCGACGAACUUUUGAGGAUGUGCAGUUUGGUGUUAAAGUGUCGGUGAGAACGGAGCAACUUGGCGUACUUAUGAUUUCCUUUUCUUUCCUUGAUUACACCUCGCCUUACGGAGAACCAGCAGGAACGAUGUCAUAGUCGCCCAAGUGUGGACUGACUUCACAUUGGACACAAUGGCACUGCUGGUCGCCAUAAUCGUUAUUUCGAUCACCACUGCCAUGUCGCUGCCGCCGGUCAUCAGAAUCGGAGCAAUCUUCACCGAAGAUCAAAAAAACAGUCCGUCGGAGUUGGCGUUUAAGUACGCCAUUUACAAGAUCAAUAAGGAUAGGACUCUGUUGGCGAAUACGACACUGGUUUACGAUGUUCAAUAUGUGCCUAAAGACGACUCGUUUCGCACGUCCAAAAAAGCCUGCAAACAACUAUCCAAGUCAGUACAAGGCAUGUUCGGGCCGUCCGACCCACUUUUAGGCGCUCACAUACAAAGCAUAUGUGAGGCAUUGGACGUUCCUCAUCUCGAAGCGCGGGUCGAUUUCGAGCCAACUUUCAAGGAGUUCAGCAUUAACCUAUAUCCCGCUCAAGAUCAUCUUAACAAAGCAUUCAAGGAUCUCAUGUCUUUUCUAAACUGGACGAGAGUGGCCAUUAUCUAUGAAGAGGAUUACGGGCUGUUCAAACUACAGGAUCUCGUGAAAUCCCCGCCAUCCGUGAGAACUGAAAUGUACAUUCGUCAGGCGGGUCCCAGAUCUUACAGGCAGGUCCUGCGGGAGGUCAGACACAAAGAAAUCUUCAAGCUGAUCGUCGACACGGAUCCGGCGCACAUGCAGCAAUUCUUUCGAGCGAUAUUACAGCUGCAAAUGAACGACUACAGAUACCACUACAUGUUUACAACUUUCGAUAUAGAAACAUUUGAUUUAGAAGAUUUCAAAUAUAACAGCGUGAAUAUGACGGCCUUUCGCUUGGUGGAUCUCGACGAGCCCAAGGUUGUCAAAGUACUCAAGCAGAUAGAACAUUUUCAGUCAACGAUUGGACAUGCCAUUCUGAACAAAACAGGAAUCAUUCAGGCAGAAACAGCUUUGAUGUACGAUAGCGUGCAGGUUUUCGUGCACGGUUUGGCAGCUCUGGACCGUAGUCACGAUUUAAGGCUAGUAAAUCUGUCCUGCGAGAAAGAGGAACCGUGGGACGACGGUUUAUCACUCUACAACUAUAUUAAUGCCGCAGGUUUACACGGAUUAACCGGACAUAUCGAGUUCAAACAAGGAAAAAGAAAUAAUUUCAAGUUGGAUCUCUUGAAGCUGAAGAAGGAGGACCUUGUCAAAGUCGGCGAAUGGUAUCUCGAAUCCGGCAUUAAUAUUACAGAUCUGGACGCCUUUUACGAGACCACAACGACCAACAUUACGCUCGUGGUGAUGACGAGAGAAGAAAGACCCUACGUCAUGGUAAAAGAAGACAAGAAUUUGACUGGCAACGCGAGGUUCGAGGGCUUCUGCAUCGAUUUGCUCAAGUGGAUCGCAGGCCAGGUCGGCUUCCAAUACGCAAUCAAAUUGGUGCCCGAUCACAUGUACGGGGUGUAUGAUCCUGAGACGAAGGAGUGGAAUGGAAUCGUGCGUGAACUCAUGGAGAAGAGAGCAGAUUUAGCGGUUGCCUCCAUGACGAUUAAUUAUGCCAGAGAAAGCGUAAUAGACUUUACGAAGCCAUUUAUGAAUCUGGGAAUUGGUAUUUUAUUUAAGGUGCCGUCCAGUCAGCCGACGCGGCUCUUCUCCUUCAUGAAUCCGCUGGCGGUCGAGAUCUGGCUGUACGUGCUCGCCGCCUACAUGCUCGUGAGCUUCAGCCUCUUCGUGAUGGCGCGCUUCAGCCCGUACGAGUGGAACAAUCCGCACCCCUGUCUGGCCGAGAGCGAUGUGGUCGAGAAUCAGUUUAGCGUCAGCAACAGUUUCUGGUUCAUCACCGGCACCUUCCUACGCCAGGGCAGCGGGCUCAACCCCAAGGCCACUAGCACGAGAAUAGUGGGCGGCAUAUGGUGGUUCUUCACGCUGAUCAUUAUUUCAUCCUACACCGCAAAUCUGGCUGCCUUCCUGACCGUCGAGAGGAUGAUAACGCCGAUCGAAAACGCCGCCGAUCUCGCAGAACAAACGGAGAUACCGUAUGGUACUUUGGAAGGUGGAAGUACGAAGACGUUUUUCAGGGAUUCGAAAAUUGGGAUUUAUCAGAAAAUGUGGAGGUUUAUGGAAUCAAAAAGUCCAUCCGUGUUUGUCCGAACCUACGAAGAAGGAAUAAAAAGGGUUCUGGAAGGCGAUUAUGCAUUUUUAAUGGAGUCCACUAUGCUCGAUUAUGCGGUUCAACGCGAUUGCAAUCUAACGCAAAUAGGCGGUCUACUGGACAGCAAAGGAUACGGAAUCGCUACGCCGAAAGGCUCGCCCUGGAGGGAUAAAAUAUCUCUAGCUAUUCUCGAGCUGCAGGAAAAAGGUGUAAUACAGAUUCUCUACGAUAAAUGGUGGAAGAACACGGGCGAUGUGUGCAAUAGAGACGACAAGAAUAAGGAGAGCAAGGCCAAUGCUCUCGGAGUCGAAAAUAUCGGCGGUGUUUUCGUCGUGCUGCUGUGCGGCCUGGCGCUCGCAAUCCUGGUAGCAAUCCUUGAAUUCUGCUGGAACUCCAAAAAGAAUGCCCAAUCGGAUCGGUCCCUCUGCGCCGAGAUGGCCUCGGAAUUGCGAUUCGCCGUCCGCUGCGGCUCCCGGCAGAGGCCCGCCGCGAAAUCGCGCAAUUCCGCGGCCGCCGGGCUGUGCGGCCGUUGCAGCCCGCGCAGCACCUCCAGGAGAAGGACGCACCUUUGCUCCUCGGAACACGAGGAGACCACCUACAUACCGAGCAUCGAGAUCCCGCGAUUAAAUGGUCAGGAGGGUGGUGCGUUGUCGAUGACGGAGAUGAAGAAAUCAUUGAGCUUCGAUCAAGUGUCCCAUGGCGGGAACACCUAGCACAGGCCUCAUUCUCACCUUCGUCCUCAGCAGCAGCAGCAGCAGCAGCAACAGCAGCAGCAGCAACAGCAGCAACAGUCACAGCAACAGCA